AACCACUCCGCAACCAACUGCCUGCCCUCAUGUACGACAUUCGCGCUCUCCCGCCAGACCGCGACGCCCUCGGCGGCCAGCGCUACCAGACAGCGUUGCAUUGCCUGUCUCUGGCUGCUAUUUGGAUCUGCCGCGUGUAUUUCUGCUUCCGACUGUUGUUUCUUGUCUGCUAUGAAAGCACAUGGUGGAUGUGGGUGACUCUGGCGGUCGAGGGAAUAUUUGCUUACACUCCGUAUCUCGAACAAUGCCUGGUGGCAAGUACAAAAGCACCACCGCGCGAGAAACUGCGGAUCCACGGUGAGACAGUUCCUCGCGUGGACAUCCUGCUCCCCUGCUGCGGUGAAGAUGAGGAAAUCAUCCUGCAGACCGUGACGGCCGCGUGUUCAAUCGAUUACCCUCGCUCCUCUUUCAGAGUGCGAGUGCUCGACGACGGGGAGUCGAAGAUCCUGUGCGAGCGAGUCAAGGCGUUGCGAGAGGAGAAAUACCCCCAUCUGUCGUACCACACGCGCGGAAAACAGUCGGGCAAGGUCUUUGCAAAGGCCGGAAACAUCAACUUCGCCUUGUCUGAGCUCGAAAGGGGAGAGAAAGACGACCAGCCUGUCUUCUGUGCGAUUCUCGACGCCGAUUCUGUUCCGUGCCCCGAUUUCCUGCGCGCCACGAUCCCGCAUCUCCUGCGCGACGAGAGCGUCUCGCUCGUCACCACACGCCAGUAUUUCUCCAAUCUGCCGGACGGAGACAGACUGUCUCAGUCCCGCAGCCAUUUCUACACGGUGAUCAACAGCGCGUUGGAUCGCGCCGGACAGGCGAUCGACUCUGGUUCCGGCGCUGUCUUCCGACGACAGGCCAUCCUCGAGGCAGGCGGGUACCCGACCUUCUCGUUCAGCGAGGAUUGGCAGCUUUCGCUUGUUCUACGCGGCCACGACCGACGUAUCGUCCAGGUGGAUGAGCAGCUGCAGCACGGGCUCGUCCCUUCUUCGUUGCGCGGCCACAUCGCACAGCGCAAUCGCUGGAUGAUCGGACAUUCGCAGCAGGUCUUUGCUCUAAAGGAAGGCCAUAUUCCCAGGAAAAUCCAGUGGAUGAUUGUGCGGGACGGCCUCUUCAUUGUCUGGGGGUUACUUUCUUCUUUUCUCGGCUUUGUCCUGCUUCCAGUCUUGGCUGUCUCGGCGUCUCUGUCCCUGCCUUUCCCCCCGUGGAUGUCGGCGCUGUCUCUUCUCUACGUCGCUGUGCAAUGGGGGUACGAGCAUCUCCAGGCCGCAUGUGCAGGCUGUGCGCCAUUUGCCUCGUGGGAGAACCGGUGGAUGGCCGGGAUGAAUCUGCUGGCUAUCGCUCGCUUCCACCUCUCCUCGCACCGGCCCAAGUCGUUCGUCACGGGGAGCAACAACCACUCGGAAGAGGACUCUUGGUCUCAGUGGCUGUUCGGUCAUGGAAUGAUCUACAACGUCGCUAUCCUUGUCGCUAUCUUGUCUGCCCUUGUCAUCUACCGCGUCGACAACUGGGUUCUGCUUCACCUCUGCUAUCUUACUAUUAAGAACCACUGGGUGCCACUAGCCUAUCUGUUGAGACAAUAGCAGAAAUAGAGAUAAUAAAAUAAUGGACAAUCGAUAGAAAAAUUAGAGAUAGAUACUAG